ACGAGCGAGCAGAGAGAGAGAGGAGAGAGAGCGAGAGAGAGGGGGGAGAGAGAAAGAGAGAGAGACAGAGAGAGCAAGCGCAGAGAAAGAGAGGGGCACAGUUUGCUCCUGCAGCGCUGCAAGGACAGACUCCACUGACAGAGGAGGGGACACACACACAGCCCAGCCUGAAGAGAGACAUGUCUACAUAACAGGACCAUCAGCACACUAAUCAUUUCUGGACACUGACAGCAACACAGAACACAAAUAGAUGCCAAGGACUAGCACCUCAAAACAACCUCACCCUCAGAGAGAGGGAGGUCACAUUUUGAAGGUGGAACAGUUUGAAGACGGACACGGUAAAGGUGAGGGAAGACAUUUGCUCUGGAAGAGACCAACUAAAACAGGAGUAAUCAACAGUAUCAUCUCCUCUCUGCGAUCUAUCUCUUGGAAGUGAAAAGGAGAGACUUUACAGUACAGGGCACUGGGCUGUGCUGCUCUGCCUUCAACACUCAUACCCUUCUGUGCUGCUCUGCCUUCAACACUCAUACCCUUCUGUGCUGCUACAGCUGUUCCUGCUGUUCCAAACCAGGCUACAUCAGACAGAGGUACGCUGAACUGAGCAGCUCUGCUCUACACUCUAGCUAGCUGUACUGCACUGACUAACGGAUUGACUGACUGACCAUGAGUGAGUCGAAGAAGGGUGAUCUGGCUAUCCGGGAUAAAGCCAUCCUGGGCCAGCAGAGGCGUCUGAAGCAGGCCACCCAGUUCACACACAAAGACUCAGCCGACCUGCUGCCCCUGGAUGGGCUCAAGAGACUUGGCACCUCCAAAGAUCUGCAGCCCCACAGCAUCGUGCAGCGCCGCCUCAUGGCGGGAAACAUCACACAGCUGCGUGGCGAGGCCCGCGUGGGGAGACCCUCGCCCCUGGUCGACAGCAAGGAGGGGGGCGCCGGCGACGCAGAGGAGAAGAGCGAGAGCACGGCUGACGACUCCACGGAGGAGAGCGAGAGGAGCCUCGAGACGAGGUCGGACGAGGAGGAGGACAGCAGCGAGGCCGGGGGGAAGACAAGCAGCACGGCGGAGAACGAUAAAACAGAGGAGGGGAGGAAGGAGAGGCCUCUCACUACCCUGCUGGUCCAGUGCAAGUACUGCGACACUGAGGUGAAGGCUUCCAUCAACACUGGGAGUCAACACAACCGCAUCUCCAGCUCCUGCUGCAGGAGGCUUGGAUUGGUUCCCACCCAGGAAGGUCCACCCUGUGAGCAGACAGAGGGCCAGGGCUCUGUGAGGGGCCUGCAGCUGCAGCUGGGCAGACAGAGUGUCCAGUGCUCUGCCCACGUCACUGAGGAUGAGGUGUUUGAGCUGUGCCUGGGUCUUCAGACUCUGCAGGAACUCAAAUGCUGUGUGGACCUGAGCAGUAGAGUCCUAAAGCUCCAGGGCUCAGGGGAGGAGCUGCCUUUCCUGGAGCCGCCAUUGGUCAGCCAGUGCCAUCACCAAGACAGCAAUGAGAACCUGUGACGCUGGCGUGUCACAACCUCCCAGCCGUCCCACGCCCUCCUCUGAUUGGCUGGCGCUGAAAAAACAUAAUGAGGUCCGGGUCGGGACUGUCCAAUCAGUGUCUCGCACUGCCAGGAACAUGGUUGACCACUCCAAUUCUCUUCAGUUUACACCAUUGUGUUUGUUUCUGUGGAAUUAAGACAUUACCAUGAUGUUACCCCUGUAUUGAAUUAGACUAGUUUAUGGAGCAGAUGGAGCUCAAGGAUUGGGACAAUUCUAUGUAACAAUCUUCAUAAUUAUGUACUUAAUCAAGGUGUUUUUUAUCUGCCAGACAGUGCAUCAUUGUUCAAUGCACUCAUGGAAAAAAGGAAUCCAAAACGGUUCUUUGACUGUCCCCUUAGGAGAACUCUUUCUGGUUCCAGGUGGAACUAUUUUGGGUUCCAUGUAGAAUCCUCUUUGUAAAGAGUUCUACAUUGAUCUCAAAAAAAAAAAAAAAAUGGAACCAAAAAGGGUUCUUCAAAAAGAUAUCCUAUUUGAACAGCCGAAGAACCCUUUUCUAGAUAGCACCUUUUUCCCCCUAAGAGUGUACUGAAACAUACGGAGGAGUCAGACGAUGAUUAUCAUUUGAAA